GUCCUGCCUGGCGGCGGCGCGUAUACACACGUGUCCUCUGAACCAAAAACCUCCGAACGCAAACACCGCCUUCCCAAUCAAUCCCAUUAAUAUAACCUGCGCCACAAAUCUCAUCUCUCCUCAAUCCUCAUUUGACGUAAUUCCCAGAUUCAAAAACACCCCAAACAAUCAAUCGAUGGGAAGAAUUAGAAACAGAGCGAAGCUGCUUAUGAUGAUUCUGUCUUUUGCCCUCUUAUUACUAUUUUGCCCUCCGGCCGCCACCGGAGGAGAAGACGGCGCGAGCGCAGCAGUGGUGGAGGCGGCCCGGGAAAGGCGGCACCCCGUCGUAGAGGCGGCCAUGGCACUGUUCUCUCUCCCCACCGCCUUCCCCCGCGCCCCUUCUUACUGGCUCAAGCUCUCUUCUUUCUUCAAACAGGGAAUGGGUUUCUUCUUCACUGCCCCAGAUCUGGACUUCAGGGGAAAUGGGGGAGUGCCGAAAGGGGCUGAGGAAGAAGGAACGGCCGGGGAGAAGGUGAAGGAAGCGGUGGUGAAGAGCAAAGCAGCCAUGGAGGACUCUGCAAAGUCUGCGGCGAAGUUGGCCGGGGAGGUGGUGGACAUGGCCGCCAAGAAUUUGAAGAUGACACUUUCAAGAACAUCAUCCCAACAAGACGAUGAUGAUGAUGAUGAGCUCUGAAUCUGUGAUAUAUUUAUGUACUUGCCAGAUUAUACACACUCUUGCUGUAAUCCAAGAAAAUAAAAAUAUACAGAUUUU